AUGACAAACACCAACGAUACAGACCUCCCCGCCGCCGACCGAGGCACUUCUGACACGCCACCCCUUCUUAGAACACUCAAUGAGCUCAACAAUAUCCAGAUUGCUGAGAUUGAGCAGCAUGUUGACCGCUUAUGGCACGACCUACAGGCCAACUUCAACAACACCAAUGACGCUACCAUAACUGGGGACACCAAGUUCAUUUUUUGGGCGUUCCAAAACGUCGAUCGUCAAACACUCUGCCGAAUACUUGACAAGAAGCACAAAGACGAUCUCCAACUAAUCACGACGGAUAUUCAACGUCGUCUGGCCAACCUGUGCCCGCACUGGGACGCUUCACCUGGCCUCUUUUUCGCUUGUUUUGGUCAGGAGAUUACGAGAUCUCGAAGGUGCAUUGAUCUUCUGAAAAAGUUACGAGGAACCUCCCCGCAGCUUUCCCUUGGCGACUUUAUCGAUUGUUUCAACCGCAUACCAAAAAACAACGACCACCGAUACGGCCUUCGCUCGGUAAAGAACCAAGUCAGCGUGUUUAAACUCGCCGUGGGAGAGUUUGAACCUACUCUCGUGAUGCGUCAGCAACGGUACGCCAAAGAUCGCCCGCCUCCCGAAAGCGAUUCGAGUAGCAACAGCGGUGACUCGGACAAUGACCUUGCCGACAACUCCAACCUAAACAAACACACAUCCAACGAUGGCGGCAAGAAGAAGCAAGACGCACGUCGGCCCCUUCCUGCUGGGCCCCCCUUCAUCAACACCAGAUCGACACGUGGGGAACGAUCAAGUCCUUCAUUGACACGAAAGCGAUCUCCUGCAACCCAACACGUCGAUGCAACCCCAUCCCCAGAGCAAUUCAGAAGGGAGCGCCAGGCUUCGAGUGUUGCACCAAAGGGACCUGUGCUUGUCUUUCAAUCCAAAAAUAAUCUUGGACUCCACAAUUCUUCUCUACAAGCGGGCCCAUCUACACACGAUGCUGAUGAUGGCGGUGACGAUAACUCCCUUGUGCAUCAGUCAAUACCUCGGGCUGCAUCUCUCCCUCAAUUGACACCGUCGCCUUUUGGUCCACGGAAUCAAGACACACCAAUUCCUCCCCAACGCAAGCGUGCUCGACUCGGUGAAGCCAGGCACCGAGACUGGGAUGUCAGCAACGGCAGUUUUGGCGAUGAACACAAGGUUCGCCUCUUCGAUUCCUGUCCAGGUGUUCUGCCUGCCGAGAAAGUUUGCCGUGACGUGAUCUUGCCGUUCCUCCGUCGGAUUGGAGCGAGCGACGACGUUCAAGUUGACUUGGAUGUGAGCGGAUGUGCUCGCCAAAGUAACAACAUCGAUUGCGGACUCUUCACGCUGUUGUUUGCAUAUCAAAUUUCGGGAACUGGGACAGGCAUGCCGACAGAUGUGACGUCGAAGACACUGGAUGCGCACCGACUUCAUUUCCUCCAGUGUUUGCUGACCUCCACAGAGGCUGCUCUCUCACCCAAGGAGGCUGGGUACCUUGACGAGCUCGGACAGACUACAAGUGAUCGCUCGAUAGCCCUGGCUCGAUUGGCGCUUGAAGUAUGGGACCGUCAAUUUUGCUAUCAAUCCCUGCUCAAACCAAGCGACUUUUUCGAUCAGUCAAUGACGAGAUUACGACAACUUCACCAAGCUGAGGCGCGUCGGUGGGAGACAUUGUGCAUAACAUCAGCCCUCGGUCUGACUCACGUGAGCCAUGGUAAACUCCUGCGAAAUGCUGUUCAGAUGGAGUGCGAAAGGCGCGAGAGGAGGAAAGAGAUGGACAGACGUAAUCAUCUACAAGCUGCUGUCAGGAGCAUUCUCAUCAAUAUCCCCCUGGAACAUCCGAUUGGCUCUUCGGUUGCCCGUUCCAAGCCAGCGAGUAAUCUCGAGCUCAGUGCCAUGCUCAGCUUGCGAUCCGCCACAGAAGUGGCGGCUGCCUUUCUCACGGAGGGCAAUCUCAAGGCCAGCACGAAUGAUGACUACAACCCCUUUACGAUAUGCGUAGCAUACAUCGUCGUUGCCCGAUUCAUAAGACAAAGGCUAUCGAGUAUUGAACAUGGGCUGGAGAUUGAGAUUGGGCGAGGCGUAGACAGGGACAUUUUGGUGGUUACGGGACGAUGA